AUGGCAUCCUCGUUCUCGGGUGCCUCCUCCGUGUUCGACACCCUAAAACCCCGGUCCUCUCUUGGCUCCGCCAUGUCAAACAACCUCGACGACGGAGUAGUAGCGUCACUUGGCACCACCACCACGACGGCUAACACCAUUGCUUCCGCCGUUCCCGAGAAAGCUCCAGAUGAUUCGUCAAAGUUAAAGACGUUCUUAGGGAUCCUGAGACAGUUCAUCGGUGUCUCGGAUAUCGCGACCGUUCGUUUCUCUCUCCCAGCCCAACUCCUCGAGCCAACUCCGAAUCUAGAAUAUUGGAAUUACUUGGAUAGACCGGAAACAUUUGUUAGCAUUGGAAAAUCUGACGACCAUCUCGGCCGGAUGCUGGAAGUCCUGCGGUUUUGGUUUACAAAGGAUCUCUGUAACUGGGAAAUAGAAGAUACUGAAAACCCGAUCGCCACCACCGCUCACACCUCCGCCGCCUCCACCACUUCGGCAGCUAUCAGUGGCGGUUCAGAGCGAGUGAAAAUAUCUUACUUAACCGAACAAACCUCGCACCACCCACCGGUCUCCGCCUUCUAUGUCGACUGCCCCCAGCGGGGCAUCACUGCCCGCGGCUUUGAUCAGAUUAGCGCCAAGUUCACUGGGACCAGCAUCCGCGUGACCCCUGGACAGCAUAACCUAGGUAUAUUCAUAACCCUGCGGGACCGGGGCAAUGAAGAAUACCAACUCACGCAUCCAGCGGCACACUUGGGCGGCCUGCUGCGCGGCUCACUUUCCAUCACAGUUUCAGACACAUGCUUCAUUACCUGCGCGGAGACACGCAUAAAAGCCAUCCUACAGUACCUUGAUGAAGGCUGGAUAGGUAAAGCACAGAAUAGGGUUGUUGGUAUCAUCUUCCGCUAUGAUCCGGAGAAUGAUAACCAAUUUAAAAUUAAGGACGUACCUGAGUCGGAUGUGCUGGCCCGCAUUGAAGGUUGCUGGCAUGAGAAGAUCUAUUAUACCCUAACCCCCACGGAAUCCAAUAUAUGCAAUGCGCGCAAAGGGAAAGACACGGAUGGGGGUAAAGAGAAAGACAAGGACAGAGAGAAACACCUCCUUAUCGACAUCGCUCCCCUCUUUCCAGUCUCAAAACUCAUACCACCAGAUGACCAACAGCUACCCAACGAAUCGCGCAAGUUUUGGUCUCGCGUUACCGCUGCCAUUGGUGAGAAGCAGUAUAGCCUUGCAACGAAGUUGAAGCAAGAGUUGGAGGAGAAGCAGAGACAGCUGGCUUCUGCAAGAAAGGAGAGGAAUGAGGAGUGGAAGCCGCGCUUUUUUACCGUACCCGUUGCAUCGUCGGGGAAGCCCGAACUUACGGCGGAUGGGGAGAGGCUGCUUAAGGGUUUGCACGAGGGAAAUUUCAUGCUUGAGUGGAUUGGGCCAACUGGGAAUGCAGAUACGGCCGGGAGUAUUUAG